UUUAUUUUCUGCUUCUCGCAAUCCAAAUAAUCCCAAACACAUUCAGUGAUGUUAAGGUCUAGACUCUUUCUUUUUUGCCUAUGUUCGUUUUCUCUGUAACAGCUUCUUGGAAGCUACACGUCCUUUCAGACUCACAGCAUUGCGUUGUCUUUUCACAGUAGAAGGAUGGACAAAAACACUUGUGGAUUGUUUUCAGAAGCAAGAGUGUGGGUGGAUCUCUAAAAGGCGAAAACUUGGAAAAUGAAUAACUUGUACCCCAUUACCAUUUUGACUAGAAAUUACAAGUAAAGGGUGGUCUCUGAGUUUUGCACAGUACUGUACAUGAAGUGGUAUGAGACUUGUGGCUGGGUAGAUGUGCUACUGCCAGGUGGGAAGGUCCUUUUAUCCUGGCUGAUUCACAGUGGAUCACCCAUCUUGCUGAGGGCUGCAAUCCCACUCGCUUUUGGGGGGCUUCAAAUUAUCUUUCUGCCUGAGUUCUCCAUUGAUGCAGUGCCGAGUGGAAGCAGACUGCAUCCGGCUGUGUCCUGAACUAGGCCACUCAAUCCGGAAUCCCCUGGCACUUUCCUCCGCCGGGGUUCUGGCCAAAUUCACGGAAGGCUUCAGGCGAAAGCAUUCCAACCUAGCCAAACAAAAAUCAUUCCCAGCUUGUGAGCUGAGAGGAAUCAGCAGUAUUCAAAUCCCUGAGAGUAAUCCGGGGUUCUGUAUGUGAAUGACCUCAGGGUGGCUACGUCCUCAUGGGGUGAUGUAGUAGUUUUGCAUCAGGGCAAGUCAGAGGGCAGAGGGGAAGAGAGCUACACAAACACUUUACCUCAUUACUGGAUGCAGAUUCGUGGGUGGGUGUAUAGUUGGCAUGAACUUGGAGAUGGGAGUAUAAAUAUGGGCCUGGGCAGGGGCAUGAGCUGCACAUCCACAAGAGCCAUCAACCAUCAACCAUCAAGUCCACUUGGAGGAGAUAUAAUGGACAUAGCAAUCCAGAAACCCUGGUCCCGUCGGCCUUACUUUCCAGGUUUCUUCCCUUUCCGGAUCUUUGAUCAGCACUUCGGGGAGCAGUGGGACAGUGAAUUUUUCGCACCCUUCUAUGCCAUGUUCUACUAUCGGCCUUAUUUCUGGCGCUAUCCAAACUGGUGGGACGGUGGCAUGUCGGAGGUUAGAAUGGAUAGGGACCGCUUUAUAAUCAACCUGGAUGUGAAGCACUUCUCUCCUGAAGAGCUGUCAGUCAAGGUCAACGAUGAGUAUGUCGAGAUUCAUGGCAAACAUGAGGACCGACAGGACGAGCAUGGCUAUGUGGCGAGGGAGUUCUUUAGGAAGUAUAAGAUGCCAUCGGGAGUGGACCCUGGGGCCUUCACCUCCUGCCUGUCUUUCGAGGGAGUGAUGUGCAUCUCUGCUCCCCGGAACCUGCAGGACAUCCCUGAGCGCAGCAUCCCCAUCACCUGCGAAGAAAAGCCCGCUGCACCGAAGUAACUCGACCCAUGUGGAAGCUGCACCCCUCCCCUGCCUCCGCGCUCACACCUCCUCCCAUCAACCCACGAGACCAUGACCUACAGAAACAAACAUAGCCUGCACGCUUUCAAGUGCAACACCUGUGAACUGACCACAGUUUCAGUGUAACAGUCUUUAAAUCUAAAAUAUGGUUAAGCUAGAACUAAACCACAGUACAUCAGUGAAGAAACAUGCACUUUAGAUCAAUGCAAUGUCUCUCAGCUUUAUAACCAGCCUUAUAUAUUUAUAGUCUUCAGUCUGAGACUGCCUAUUUAAUCAUGCGGUGGUGAUGAAUGGUUAUGACCAUAGCCUUGAGAGCAGGCUGUAGAUGAAAAGGUGAAACGACAGAGCAUUUGAAGAAGCCUAUAAUGAUGCCAUGAUGUUGCAGUGAGAGAAAUCUGGCAAGUUCACUGUCCUAUUUGCUUGUACAAGACAGGUUUGACAUCAUUGUACCAUGUCAAUACUAAGUGAUAACUGGGACCCAAUAUAUGUUCCACGCUGUGAAUUACUAUAGUGUCAGAAAUGGUGUGGGGGUCUUUGUAUGCAUGUGACUUUGUAUGUCUAUUGGAGAUGAUGUUGGAAGAUGGCAUUCAGACACUUUCUGUAAGUCUAUGUUCUACGAAUAAGUCAGAUAAACUAUGGUCCGGGCUAGAGUAUUGGCCAAAUAACAAAAACAAGUUAGGUCUUCAGAAAAGGGUUAAACAAUAGGUCAUUUGACACCAGAAUGUGAGGGUUUUGAUGGAUUUGGACUACUGGGGGGCAGGGGGGUGACUGUUCAUCCCUUUUUUCUCUGCUGUCACACAAUCAUUAUUCUUUAGAUUCUCUAUUUUCCUUACCUCCAAAUGUGACAUUAGGACUUCUAUGUAACUGUCCCUGGCAUCAGUGGCAGUGGCUAACCACAGCAUGUCUUAUUAAAGGAACUGAAAUCUGAAAA